GGCAAUAAAUUGUUGACAGUUAUGAUCUUGACUUGCGCUCUUUGCACAUUGCACCUCUGGCCAAGAUGGCAGCGUCGAUCGGUAGAAUUUGUCGAUCAGGCCUUUUAAAGCCUAACAAUGGGGGUUUAUUCAAUCAGGCCAGCCAAUUUUCAACCGUCAGGAAUUGGUCGAGAGGUCGUAAAGCGAUGACAACAUGCAUGGGCGUCGCUGUUGGUGGCCUUGGUGCACUACUCUACACAUUGGAGAACUCAGUGAAGGCAUUUGAACUCAUCGCUCACCCUCCCCAUUAUUCAUGGAGUUUUGACGGGCUCAUUGCCUCUCUCGAUCACGCCAGUAUGAGGCGUGGAUGGGAAGUCUACAAGAACGUGUGCUCUGCCUGUCACAGUCUCCAGUUCGUAGCCUAUCGUCAUCUCGUGGGUGUGACGCACACCGAGGCGGAGGCUAAGGCCCUCGCUGCAGAGGUAGAGGUUAAGGAUGGGCCCAAUGAAGCCGGCGAGUACUACAUGCGACCGGGUGAGCUCACGGACUACGUCCCCAGGCCCUAUCCCAAUGAGGAGGCUGCGCGUGCUGCCAAUAAUGGCGCAUAUCCCCCAGAUCUCUCGUACAUGGUCAAUGCAAGACAUAAUGGAGAGAAUUACGUCUUCUCUUUGUUGACUGGGUACUGCGAUCCUCCGGCUGGUAUCCCACUUAGGGAGGGCCAGUACUUCAAUCCAUACUUCCCAGGAGGUGCCAUUGGUAUGGGACAGGUUAUUUAUGAUGAAGUCUUGGAGUAUGAAGAUGGAACACCAGCCACUGCGUCUCAAGUUGCUAAAGAUGUAGUUACGUUCCUCAUGUGGUCAGCGAACCACGAGUUUGAUGAGAGGAAGAGGCUAUUUAUUAAGUCCAUGUUCAUCUGUACCAUCCUGAUAAUCGGUUUGACCUACAUGAAGAAACACAAGUGGACAACCAUAAAGAGUACUAAAUUAGCAUUCAUCCCUAGGAAGAAGUAAAAGUCAAUGUCUCAACUUUUAUACACAAUCGUUCUUCAGUUGAUGCGAUUGAACAACAAUGGAAAAAAAAGAAAAAUAAAGCAAGAAGAAUUACCAAAACUCAUGAAGCGUAGUUAUAUAAGUUGAAUAGAAUUUACCGAAUAAUCGGGACAUCGAUUGAUGCUGUCAGGAUAAGCAUCGCAAGUCGCGAGUUGAAUUUUGCACUUUCAAUUUGCUUGUGAUGGCACGCAGUGUGCAGCCAGCCAACGUCGAUUUAACAAAAAUAAAUCAAUUCGUUCAAUGUAAAUAUGAGAAAUAAAAAAAACUCCCACGUUA